AAAAGGAAAAGGACUUGUCUUUUUUUUAGUGCAAAGUUUAAUUUGUGCAUUCAACAUGGGAGCGUAUACGUUACCGGAGGGAUUCACCGAGUUUGAUAUGUUUACAUUCGGCUCUGGGCUUCUGGUUGGAGGUAUGGUUGGAUUCUUCCUCAAUGCCAUCUCCAUCGUAGCAUUCCUCACAGUGAAGGAGAUGCGGACUCCCAGUAACUUCUUCGUGUUCAAUCUGGCUAUUGCCGACCUCAGUCUGAAUAUUAACGGACUAACGGCAGCGUACGCCAGUUAUCUGAGAUAUUGGCCUUUUGGUCAAGAGGGAUGCUCCAUGCAUGGUUUCCAGGGGAUGAUAUCGGUCCUAGCCUCUAUCAGUUUUAUGGCUGCUAUCGCUUGGGACAGAUAUCAUCAAUACUGCACAAGACAGAAACUCUUCUGGAGCACUACCUUGACGAUGAGUGGCAUCAUCUGGGUUCUGUCGAUCUUCUGGGCUGCCGUUCCUCUCACCGGAUGGGGCGUCUACGACUUUGAGCCGAUGAGGACAUGUUGUACACUGGACUACACCAGAGGAGACAGGGACUACAUCACCUACAUGCUGACUCUGGUGGUGCUUUAUCUGACGUUCCCAUCCAUCACCAUGUUGUCAUGUUACGAUUCAAUCCACAAACACUUUAAGAAGAUCCAUAACCACAAGUUCAACACCAGUUUGCCGUUGAGGGUGAUGCUGAUGUGCUGGGGCCCCUAUGUGCUCAUGUGUAUCUACGCCUGCUUCGAGAACGUCAAAGUCAUAUCUCCAAAGCUUCGAAUGUUGCUUCCUGUCAUCGCCAAGACAAACCCGAUCUUCAACGCUCUCCUCUACUCUUUCGGAAAUGAGUUCUACCGAGGAGGAGUGUGGCACUUCCUGACCGGACAGAAGAUCAGCGACCCAGUUGCUAAAAAGUCCAAAUGAAAGGAAACUUCUGGACAAAGUCAGUAACCUCAACAUCUUAUCACUUAUCGUAGAUCCCUCACACUUUUUUGGUACAUGUCGAUUUGUACAGGUGUUAUAUUUGCACAUGACUAGUACAGGAGAUGUCUGUGUUUGGAUCCACCGCUGUAGCCUUAUACCGUAUUUACCGCCUUUUGACACAACGUUUCACUGCUAACUUUUCCAUUUGGAACAUGUGAUGAAAUGUUACUGGAGGAGUCUGCACUUCUCUGUCUGUACAAACAUUUAAGAAUAAACACAAAUGAAGAUUCUUUA